AUGGCAAGGGCCGAAGCGCGGGGGCUGCGCGGUGGCUGCCGUCCGCCCGGGCUCCGGCUGGCGCUCGCGCUCCGGCUGGCGCUGCUGCUGGCGCGGCCGCCGUCGGGCCGAGCGGGGGCCCCCGAGGCGCAGGGGCCCGCGGCGCCCGGCACCGCAGCCCCGGCCGGGGGCGACCGCUGCCGCGGCUACUACGACGUGAUGGGCCAGUGGGACCCGCCCUUCAACUGCAGCUCGGGCGCCUACAGCUUCUGCUGCGGCACGUGCGGCUACCGCUUCUGCUGCCACGACGGGCCGCGGCGCCUCGACCAGAGCCGCUGCUCCAACUACGACACGCCGGCCUGGGUGCAGACUGGCCGGCCGCCCGCCCGCGCCCGCGACGCCGCCGCGCCCCGGGACCCGGGCCGCGAGCGCAGCCACACGGCCGUCUACGCGGUGUGUGGCGUCGCCGCGCUGCUGGUGCUGGCAGGCAUCGGGGCGCGUCUGGGCCUGGAGAGGGCGCACAGCCCGCGCGCGCGGCGCACGGUGACCAGGACACUGACAGAACUUCUGAAGCAGCCAGGCCCCCAGGUACCCCUGCCUCCACCUCUGGGCCCACCCCUGGGUAGCUGCGUCCAGGUGCAGAUGGGGGAUGGCCUCCCCCAGGGCUCCCCCCACAACAGCACAGACAAGAAACGCCUCAACAACGCGCCCCUGGGGUCGGCCACCCCGGGACCCCCGCGCGCGCCCCGGCUGCAGGGCGGCGGCAGGACGCUGCAGCCCGACUACGCCAAGUACGCCACGGUCAAGGCCGCCGCGCUCAAGGCCGCAGAGGCCGCCCCGAAGGACCUCUAUCAGCGUUUCCCCGCCCCCGAGCCGGUCCCGCGGGCCCCGCGGCCGCCCGAGGACCUGCCCGCGCUGCUCGACGCCUGCCCCUGGGCCCCGCCCGGCUACGCGCCCCCUGCCGGUCCCGCCGCGUCGGGCCACUACGCGGCCUGGACCGCCGGUCGCCCGGCCCGCCCCGCCCUCCACGGCCACCCGGUGGCGCAGGCGUCCCCGGCGCCCCGGCGGCCCGGCCACGUGCCCCGGCGCCAGUUCAGCGUGGAGAAGCUGCCCCCCAGCCUUUACGGCAGCGCGGCCCGCGGGCCCCGGCACCUGAGCACCAACAGCAAAGCCGAGGUCACUGUGUGA